AGGGGAGGAUAGUAUGAGAGAGGAGUGAGGGGAUAUUGUGAGAGUGAGAGUGAGUGGGAUAGUGUAAGAUCCCCCAACUGCAAAGAAAAUCUAAUUUGAGGAUUUGCAAAUGCUAUUAUCGCACCAAGCUCCACUCCAGGCUCACUGCAGGCGCUGUUAUGCAAAGCUGGAUUUGACUGUGAAAUCACAGCAUUGUCAGUCCGUUCAGCACCCUGCAAAGUGCCCUGUGCUGGAGUGGGUGAGGGGAGGAUAGUGUGAGAGAGAGUAGGAGUGAGAGAGGAAGGCAGUUUGCAGGGUGCUGAAUGGACUGACAAUGCUGUGACUUCACAGUCAAAUCCAGCUUUGCAUAACAGCGCCUGGAGUGGAGCGCUGGGACAGGGAGAAUGCACCCACCCCCUCCUCACCGGAUCAGGUUACCCGGGGGGUGAAACCAGACCCCAGGCUCAUCCCGCCGCUCGCCAGAGAUCCAAUAAACAGCCGGCAGGGAAGGCAGGUGAGGAGAUCAGUGAGCAAGAACCGAAGAGGAGCGACGGGCCUGAACCAGAAACCAGGAACGAGGGAGGAAGCCUGGGAGACGCUGCUAUACCUGACCGCCUGCCAGUCUGCCUGCCUGUCUGUCUCCCUCUGUGUGCCUGCCUGUCUGUCUGUCUCUCUGUCUGUCUCCCUCUGUGUGCCUGCCUGCCUGCCUGUCUGUACCUCACAGUUCCAGUUCAGAGGGGCCAGCAGGUUUGAUCUGGUCGGAUCGGGCUUGUUUCUCUCCUUGUCUCUGGGACUCUGAGCUGCAGUCUCACCUCAGCUUUUUCAAGCCGUCAACUACAGUUCAAAACUACCUUUUCUGUGGAUCAAAAAAGAAACCGAAGAAACCAAUCAGCUGUCCAUCCCACCCUGUACCCUGGAGGCCGUGAUGUACCCCCCGGUGUUCACUCCGGAACAGGUGGCCUGCGUGUGCGAGGUGCUGCAGAGAGGGGGCAGCAUGGAGCGGCUGGGGCACUUUCUGUGCUCCCUGCCGCCCUGUGAUUGGCUGCAGCAUGACGAGAGCGUGCUGAAGGCGCGGGCUCUGCUGGCAUUUCACUGCGGGGAGUUUGGGGAGCUGUUCCGCCUGCUGCAGAGCCGGCCCUUCUCCCCCAACAGCCACCCUGCCCUGCAGCAGCUGUGGCUCCGAGCGCACUACCUGCAGGCAGAGAGGCUGAGGGGCCGACCCCUGGGGGCUGUCGGCAAGUACCGCGUGCGCAGGAAGCACCCCCUGCCCCUCACCAUCUGGGACGGGGAGGAGACCAGCUACUGCUUCAAGGAGAGAUCACGCAAUGUCCUGAGGGAGUGCUACUCUCUGAACCCCUACCCCUCCCCGAGAGAGAAGCGCGAGCUGGCCGGAGUCACGGGGCUGACCGCCACACAGGUCAGCAACUGGUUCAAGAACCGGCGGCAGAGAGACCGGGCCGCCAACGGCAGAGACAGGGAGGGGGGUGAGAGAGUGGCACGCACGCUGGGCUCCCCUGGGAGGGAGGGGUACCCCAGCUCAGACGAGGAGCUCCCUCGCCACCCGCCUCUCCUGGGGGGGUGCUGACGGGGGGGAGGGGCACGGCCACACAGCGCUCACGGGAUGAAGGGGCUGGAACGAAGAAGGAAACACUUCAUUUGACUAACGUUUGGAGUCUUUCACAAAGUCUUUUUCUAGUCAAAGCGUUUAUUUACAUUGUUAGUAGAGGGUGCUGACACUCGUACUCGGAAUUGCCUUUAAGAAGUAUUUAGCGUCCAAUACUAAACAAAUCCAUUCAUUAACGUGUUCAUUUCAAAACAAGAAAAGCUGUCCUUCCCUCAGUUUACAAUUCAGCACCAAUCAAUGGCAAGUAACUGAGUUCUUUAAAAGCCGACAGGAAGCCAAUUUUCCUCUCAUCCAGGGCGCUGACAUUUUUACUGCCACAAUAUUCUUCCAAUCGCCUUUUAAAACAUUGAAAUCAACACAAUAAUUAACAGAUUUGUUUAAUACCUGCCGAUAAAUGCUUCUUAAAAGCGAUUAGGAGUACGAGCAUCAGCACACUCAUUUUCAAACAGACGUGACAAAUUACGAGCUGAUCCUAAUUUCAUUCUUGGAGUCGCCCAGUUUAUCGUUGUGCAUUUCUUAUUUUCACUUGUUUCAGCAUAAUACCCAGUACAGAGUGUACACUGAUAUAGCAAGUCCAGCAUUUCAAAUCUGCUUGAUUUGUAGUCUUUAACUAGUAGUUGUCUCUUUAUUCGGAUGCAGAGACAGAACGACUAAUUAACAUUUAAAGGGAGGUAGAGAUUUGGAAAAUAAAAACCGGAAAGUUCAAGCCCCAGUUAUACUUUAUAAUACAUGUGAAGCACAGUACAGCCUAAUUCAGCAUCGCCUGGGACCGGAGAAUUGUGCCGGAUUGUAUAUAAUGUGUGCAGAGGUACUGGAAAAUCUAAUACUGUACCUAAACAAAAUAAAAGUAGAAAUGACCAACUACUGGCACACUUUUAAAACGGUUCCGGAUUGUAGAGGGGAUCACUCCGUUCAUUUCAAUAGGGGUGUGAUUGGUCUGUAGAGGGGCUGGAUUAGACAGGGUUUGCUGUGAGUUUUAUACAGUCUGGAAAGGGCAGGAUCUGUUGAAAUGCUAACAUAUCUUAAAGCAUCAUGACAAAGUGAACCUCUCUUUAUCAGAAUUGAGGAUGAGGAAAACCUAUAGAGAUGUAUCCAGAAUCAAUCAGGGGCAUAAAAGUAUGAGUUUGUUUGUUUGUAAAAAAAAAAGUCAUUGACCAUCCAGUGUGCUGUGGAGAACAAUAAUAAAACAAUGAUGAAAACACA